AUGGCUGACGCACCAACGUUAAAGAUCACCUUGCUGGGUGCUGGCCAAGAGGUUGGUCGAUCAUGUUGCGUGCUGCAGUAUCGAGGCAAAACAAUUGUUUGUGAUGCCGGCGUGCACCCCGCGUACAGUGGAAUCGCGUCCUUGCCCUUCGUUGACGAGUUGGACUGGAGCACGGUGGAUGUGUUACUUAUCACACAUUUUCACCUGGACCAUGCGGCUGCCCUUACAUAUAUAACCGAAAAGACAAAUUUUAGGGACGGGAAAGGGAAGGUAUAUAUGACACAUCCAACGAAGGCACUGCACAAGUUCAUGAUGCAGGACUUCGUUCGAAUGAGCUCCUCAACCUCUGAUGCUCUCUUCUCUCCUCUUGACAUUCAAAUGUCACUGUCGUCCAUAAUUCCGGUUUCCGCGCACCAAGUCAUCACACCUUGUCCAGGUGUCACCUUCACUCCGUACCACGCUGGUCAUGUCCUAGGGGCUUGCAUGUUCCUGAUUGACAUAGCUGGUCUCAAAAUCUUGUACACUGGCGACUACUCUCGUGAAGAAGAUAGACACCUUGUAAAAGCUGAGGUACCACCAAUCCGGCCAGACGUACUCAUCAUAGAGAGUACCUAUGGCGUGCAGACUUUGGAAGGCCGGGAAGAAAAGGAACUAAGAUUUACCAAUUUAGUCCACUCAAUAAUUCGACGAGGUGGUCAUGUUCUGCUUCCCACUUUUGCGCUCGGGCGUGCUCAAGAACUGCUUCUUAUUCUUGAUGAGUACUGGAAAAAGCACCCUGAUCUACAGAACGUGCCGAUCUACUACGCAUCUAGCCUUGCGCGAAAGUCUAUGGCUGUAUACCAGACAUACAUUCAUACCAUGAACUCGAACGUGCGGUCAAGAUUUGCGAAGAGAGAUAAUCCUUUCGUAUUCAAACAUAUUUCCAACUUGCCACAAAGUAAAGGCUGGGAACGCAAAAUCGCGGAGGGACCUCCUUGCGUUGUCUUGGCUAGCCCAGGGUUCAUGACAUCAGGCGCCAGUCGCGAACUGCUGGAGUUGUGGGCACCGGAUUCUCGAAACGGAGUGAUCAUCACAGGUUACUCGAUUGAGGGCACCAUGGCGAGGGAAAUUCAAAGUGAACCCGAAGAGAUCGUAUCCCUCAAGGGCGUUCCCAUUCCGCGCAAAAUCUCCGUCGACGAAAUCUCAUUUAGUGCCCACGUCGACUACUCACAAAAUUCUGAGUUCAUCGAGAUGAUCAAGGCGCAACAUAUAGUCCUUGUACAUGGGGAGCAAACUGCCAUGGGCCGUCUAAGGGCAGCGAUGACGGAUCGCUACAAGAGCCGGGACGAAGAUGUCAAAAUCCAUACACCUCGGAAUCUUGAAACUCUUGAGCUGACGUUCAGGGGAGAGCGAGUAGCGAAGGCCAUUGGCACCCUUGCGUCACAACCUCCACAACCAGGAGAUACGCUUUCAGGUCUCCUUGUCUCCAAGGACUACUCUUAUACGCUCCUUGACCCGCGCGACCUGCGGGACUUCGCUGGUCUUUCAACAUGCGUGGUCACACAACGGCAGAAAAUGAUACUAGGCGUAGGCUGGGAUCUCGUUCGCUGGCAUCUAGAGGGUAUGUUCGGCAAGGUCGAAGAGGGUUUAGACAAGGACGGUGUGCCCACCAUUCGAGUCAUGGGCGUCGUCGACGUGAAGCAGACGCAGGAGCAUGAGCUCACGCUAGAGUGGGACUCGAGCGCAAGCAACGACAUGAUAGCCGACUCGACACUUGCCUUGAUUACUGGCAUUGAUAGGAGCCCUGCAUCAGUCAAGCUGACCUCUCAUCCACAUACGCACUCUCACUCGCCCGCGCCGGAACACCCGCAUCCGCACGCGGAUGUUGAUGACGAGAGUGCACUCGUAACACGUAUUCGCCGGCUUGCCAUGUUCCUCGAAGCGCACUUUGGCGAGGUUGAACUGCACAUGCCUGCAGAAACAGACGAGCACGAGCAAGGCGAAGAUGCCCACUCCCCAGCCCUCCUCGUGCGCCUGGAUGAGGCGGACGCCGUCAUCGAUCUUUUUACAAUGACUGUGUCCAGCACAAGCGAGGCGCUGAGGCGGCGCGUUGAACUUGUGCUAGACAUGGCCGUCGCGACGGUUAGUUCGCUCAGCGAGACAUUCUCUGCAGGCACAUCCCUCUUAGGCGAAGAGGCUGUACCUGACGCAGUAGCGGAGAAGAAGAGCCAGUCGCCUGGUAUGCCACUAGGGCACGAAAGCACGAGCCCGCCACAAGACACAUCGGUACCCGACACUAGCGAAGGGCCAAUCCCCAAAAACGACGGACAAGUGCAGAUUGAGGGCGCCUCUACGACCCAACCUAACGGACACAGUUCUGGAAACUCUGGAGCUUUUGAAGAGGUUGACGGCAAUACGAACCGCGUGAGUGCCGAGGAACACCUAGCGGAUGGUGACGCAGACGUUGCGGAGGAAGACAGUGACUCGGGGACCGAUGAUGAUGUGAUUCUGCAGGUGCAUGAUUGA